AUGAAUACGGAAUUGUUACUGAUUGGAUUACUGUGUGGGGCGAUUCUGGGGUCGAGUUUGAUACUACUGGGGAUUUACUGUCACUGGCAUUUUACGAGAAAAAAUGAAAGGGGCAGAAAGAAGAAAUCGACAAAAGAAGAAAAUGGCAAAAAUAGACUGAGCCGAAGUCAAGAAUCGACAAAGUGUCAGCAAUGCCAGUCGCCAGUCAUGUGUGCUUCCAAGAGCUUGCUGACUCCUAGCGGCAAUAUGGAAAUCGGAAGAGAUAGGAGGAAGGACAGUGUUUUUACUGAGAUUGACAUGAGAAGUUCUACCAUUGAAUUGGUUAUUCACAGGUCCGAUGGAACGCUCCAAAGGAAGAAAUACAAUCACGCCUCAGCGGGAGCACCGAGCAAUAAGAGCCGCGCCAAUCACUCUUCUUAUCAGUCUAGUUGGCAUCCUGCCGAUAUGGAAAAUGGCCCCUUAUUGGGCGAUAACCAGACGCCAUUAGAAAACCACAUGCGUAGUCUUCCCGAGUUCGGCUACGUCGUCGCGCAGCAAAAUGGAAAGCGCGCUUCAAUCAGCUUUUCAACAACUGGGUUGAACACAACUCCAUCCACUCCGGCAGGAUUUUCCGGCCAACUGGAGAAGACAUCGACAAGCUCACUGCUCGCUGCGAAACGAACAGACAUCAAGCCUCGUUUAUCCUUCCGCUCGCGCGACUACCAGAUUCUAGUUCCCGAGAAGCCGCCCGGCGAGAGUCAGAUCAUGAGGCGUAACACAUCCGCGCCCGUCACCGGCUCCAGUCCGAAUUAUAGCACGAGGAGUAGCGGAUACGAGUCCGCUGAUUUGGCCAAUCCAAGAUCUCCGUCGCCCAUUUCUCCGACCAGAAUGAGAACUUUGACGAGGAGAAUCACGGAGAUUCAGGCCGCUCAAAAACGUUUCAAAAGAUUUGCCUCGCUGCCGAAUUAUCGAAGUGGACAGAAUAUUAACCCGACCAUACCGGAGAUUAGCGAUUCGCCCGCAAAUCAAGAGGCCGUCAAGGUCAAAUCUUCCACUCCCAGCUCUUCUUCGACCCUUUGUCUCGGUCUGGUCGGCCGACCCGGUCCGGUCCAGAGCUCUGAAACGAGUCCCAGGCCGGCCGAAGAUCCAGAAAAAGACCCUGGAGGAACAAAAUGA